CUGGUGGCAUAUGUGUAAUAUCUUAUAUCUGGGUUACCCUGCUAGUGUAUUUAUCAGUUUGGACACCCCACUCCUAACAAACACCCUCACUCCGUCAGUCUCUUCAUCAUGCCGCUGAUUGUGAUCCAUACAAAUCUACCCCAGGCUGACAUAGGGUCAGAACAGCUGAGAAAUGUGUCCACAGGCUCGGCCGAGAUAUUAGGGGUCGAACCCAAGAUCGUUCAAGUGGUCAUCAAUGCCGGAUCUCCAAUGAUGUUUGGGGGAACAGAGGAGCCGACUGCCAUGGCCUUUGUCCACUCGGCCGGGGGAAAACUCAAACAGGAAGCCAACGACGAGUUUUCGGCAAAGUUCACAGACUUGAUCGUCAAGUCAAUCGGCGUACCGAAGGAAAGAAUCUACAUGCUCCUGGACGACGUUCCCCAGUCAUCCGCCUGUUACAUGGGCUUAACGAUAGCCUCGCUGACACACUGACACACCCUAGCAUUGGUUUUCUUGACGUUAAGAAAACUCUAUAUAGCUUGCGCCAUCAAACAUGAAUCUUCAUUUUUAUUCCGAGAAUGCUAUAUCAACGUGGCAAGCAUUUUCAUACAACAAAUAAGUACAUUCACGAUAUCCACGUUGACAGCACCUCAAGUACCCUAUCGUAACUUGACAGCUAGGCCACCUGGUAGUCUAGAUCAUGACUGUGCCACAAGUACCCUGUCAUAA